AUGCAUUUCUGGGUCCCGUUCACACUCUUCGCCUGUGUCAGCGGUCUUUUGAUGGACAAGGUGGACCAUGUACCUCUGGGAUGGUCUGAGAUUGGAUCGCCUUCCCCAUCGACACGCUUUAAGCUAUCUAUCGCCUUGAUCCCUGCCGACGAGGAACUUCUCCAUGAAACGAUCAAGAACGUCUCGACACCAGGACAUGCAGACUAUGGAAGAUACCUCGACGAAUCCCAACUCAGGGCUGUGGUAAAGCCCAGUAGAGAAUCGACCAAUACCGUCUUGAAAUUCUUGGACUCCGGUGUCUCAAAAUCUGAUUUUGCACAACACGGAGACUGGAUCGACUUCACAGCAGACAUUGAGACGGCUGAUCAAAUGAUGGGUGCCUCUUUCACCGAGUAUUGUGAAGACACUGGACGUGUCAUCAUCAGGACGCAACAGUACUCCCUCCCUGAUGAAGUAGCCAAACAUGUCGACAUGAUCGAGCCAACGACGCGAUUUCCAAGAGACGCUCGCCCUCGGAAGCCUGGCAGUAUCCACCCCGUUCAGGCCUUGCAAGAACAGAUCGAUCAGAAUGACUGUAACCGCACAAUAACGCCAGACUGUCUCAGGGCACUUUACAACCUCCCGCUAAUAAGCACUUUGAGAAACACUUCUGCUUAUGGUCACAUUGGCGUUGCUGGGUUUCUGGCACAGUAUCCUCACCAAAGAGAUUUCGACAUUUUUACAAAGAAGUUCGCACCUUAUCUAGUUGAUGUCGCGAAACCUCACUUCAACUUUGUCGAUCACGAGGAAAAGGAUCGUUCAACAUACAUGGGCAGCGAAGAAGCAAACCUCGAUGUACAGUACGCUGCGGCGAUAGGGUAUCCCGUGCCUGUUCAGUACUACUACACCCAUGGAUUGGGUGUCGAUGAAAUGGGUCGUACACUGCGAAACUUGACUGGAGCUUCUUCUGAACUUGACAUUAUCCUCUUGCGGUACUUGAGAGAUCUGCCCAAAAGCUCUCUCCCGCACACUCUGUCCAUAUCUUACGGUUGUCUUGAGGGGCCUGUUCCCGGCGCCUAUGCACGCAAAAUCUGCGAUAUGUAUGGCGAGCUUGGUGCAAGAGGAGUCACAGUCGUGAUUGCAUCGGGUGAUUAUGGCCCUGGCCGUUACUGUAGAGGUAGACACGGGAAGAGACUGGACCCGAUAUUUCCAGCAACAUGCCCGUAUGUCACUUCUGUCGGGGGUACCCAGUUCAUCAAUCCUGAGGUAGCCGGCAUUGCUUCUUCAGGNGGCUUUUCCGAUAUUUUCCCCCGUCCUGAAUGGCAAGAAAAAGAAGUCAAGGCCUAUCUUGAUAUCUUAGGUACUCGCCUGAGCGAUAUGUACAACUCCAGUGGCAGAGGAUUUCCAGAUAUCUCUGCUCAGAUGAUGAACUACUGGGUUGUCGACAACUUACAAGCAACUCAGAGAAUNUCUGGUACUUCAGCCUCUGCGCCAACGGUUGCUGGGCUUGUCGGACUGCUCAACUCUGCUCUUGUUGGCGCCGGUAAAAGUCCGUUGGGCUUCAUUAACCCGUUCCUCUACUCGGUCGCGCGCAAGACUUUCCAAGAGGUUGACGGUGGCAGCAGCAAAGGCUGUCAGCGAAGGCGAGGGCCACCAACCGUGAGCCUGAAUGCAACAAAAGGAUGGGAUCCGGUCACCGGGAUUAGCACGCCCGAUUUCCAGAAGCUCUUGAGCAUUGCAAUGCAGCAACAGGCCUGA